AGUUUGGGUGUGGCUUGCAAGUUGUAACUCAGCAAAGCAGAAAGUCAAUAGAGAUGGGUCAAGCGAGUCCUAAGCUUGUCUCCUGGGCAGCUCAGGACGGGAGACCAGAAGAUUUGAUAUAUCACUUGGAUAAGACAGGUCCAGAGGGUCUGAAACCAGCCUCGGGGGCUGAGAAGCAGAGGACCCCACUCAUUCUAUCAGCCAUUGGCGGACACACUCAAUGUAUUAGUAUAUUAUAUGAUGCAGGUGCUAAAUUAGACGAUAAAGAUACUGACGGUUUCACUGCCCUACAUCACGCAGCUAGUAAUGGACACCUUUAUGCUGUGCAGCUCUUGCUGGAUCUUGGGGCCAACCCAAUGGCAUCUUCAAGGUUUGGAGUGACUCCUCUUCAUUUAGCAACGUCAUCAGGUCACACUCCAAUGCUCCAGCUGCUAGCGUCUCAUAAAAUCAACAUUGAUGUGCAAGAGUCCUGGGGGCAGUCCCCACUAAUGAUUGCUACCGCUCAGAGUAGACUAGAGUGCAUGAAGACUCUUCUCAAUGCAAAUGCAAGCACAGAGAUACGAGAUUAUCACCAUGGCAACACGGCGCUACAUGUAGCAUGUACGACAAAAGACGAGGAGACUGUUUUGUUGCUUUUGGACGCAGGUGCCAAUCCAUGCAGCAUAAAUGGCAAAGGAAUGAGCUCUUUAGGAGUUGCAAUCGAGAAUAAGUUUUAUCGCAUUCUUCCUCUACUGUUGGAAUAUGGUGCUAGACUGAAUGAUAAUGAUAGAGUGGUGACUUCUAGUGGACUCCAAAACUAUCUUGAUAACUGUUUAACUACUCCAAUUCCUCUCCUACGUCAGUGCAGAGUUGCUGUACGUCAAGCCUACGGUCCAUCUUGUCUUGAAAACUUGAACAGAUUCUUAGAGGAACAAGAUCAGACAAUGGCCAGUUAUGUCAAAGGAGUAAGGGAUGAUUGCUGUGGAAAACUUGACGAGAUCAAGAAACACGCACUACUAGGAAGGACUGCUGUCGUCACUGAUGAAGCCCUGACUAAAUUUUAAAUGUUAUAUAUAUAUAUAUAUAUAUAUUAUAUAUUGUUGUUUUCGUUUGUCUUUUAUCAACAUACAAACAUGUGCCUUGCUGUUUUGUUGCUAGAGAUUAUGUCUUUAUCUAUUGUCUGGUUGUAUUAAUGUUUGUUUUUAUUAUGUCUGUAAAGGAUUUAAUACAAAA